AUGGAUUCUCACGUAACAGUUGUAUCAGGCCUCUCUGGCCUAUUCUGGUCGUUUUGCUACGCCCUUCCAUUCGCCCUGCUGCUCUAUGGUGUAGCAGAUGCUAUCUCAACCGCGAAGCUUGUACGCAAGCAAGCUGGGUAUCCCUUUGUGGGCGCGCCUCUGCCUUUUGUGCCCAAGUCUUUGUUGAACAUUCUGUACGCCUGGAAGGCAACCGAAUUGGCCCAGCGUGGCUAUGAGAAGUACAAAGCCAAGGCCUUCCAACUUAUUCGCAAUGAAGGAUCUGUCAUACUUUUGCCAGUGUCCCUGCUGGAAGAGCUAUCCCGUCUGCCGCCGAGUGUUGCAGAAGGAACAUCUGCACUCAAUGGCGAUCUCACAGGCUCAUUCACUGGAGUUGACCUGAUUCUCGAGAACAGAUUGCACCAUUCCAUCGUCCAGCGCAAAUUAACUCCGCGAAUUCCGUUGAUGUUGCCUCAGAUGGAGAAGGCGGUCGCGGACGGCUUUGCUAGGUUUAUGCCAGACAGCGAGGAGUGGACCGUUUUCCAGCCCUACAAGGCACUAGCCUACGUUUCUGCUCGACUUAAUGCCGAGCCUGUCGUGGGCCCGACAUUCUCGAGCAACCCAGAGUGGCUACACACUGCAGUGGAAUAUACCGAGAACCUGUUCAGAACCGUUGUUGUACUUCGCAGCGUCCCGUUGUGGAUGCGACCCUUGGUGUCUAGAUUGCUUCCUUCGUACUGGGCAAGCUGGAGAAUUCUCCGCAAUGGCCAGGAGCUCUUGCGGUCCAGAAUCCAGGAUCUAAUCGAUAAGAAUAACUCUGGCACCUGGCAGCCGGAGAACGAGAAUAUCGAAGAUCUGAACGUAUUAAGCUGGUUGAGUGGCGUGGCCAAGGGACGUGACCGCAGUGCUAGCGUUAUAGGGCACGUUAUGAUUAUGGUGGCUCUCGCAACAGUGCAUACUACGCUACUUCGCAUGGUCAACGUCCUAUAUGACGUGGUGGACGCUGGACCGGAGCUGCUGCAUGAGCUUCUCGACGAGAUUGAAACUGUGGCUCGGCGCGGCUGGAAUGACAAUGGCAAUUCGUACGACGCUCUCGAUAAAUUGGACAGCGUACUGCGCGAAUCGCAACGCAUGUCGCCGCCGACUACACUUGGCAUGAAGCGGCUAUUCAAGCAGGCAUACACAUUCCAGGAUGGUACACAUAUUCUUCCAGGUACAUAUGUUGCCAUGCCCGUGUUUGCCAUAGAGAACGACCCUUCCACCACGGCCAACCCAGAAAAGUUUGACGGCUUGCGAGCAUACCGCGCGGCACGCGCAAUCGAUGCAAACUCAGAGGGGGAACACCUAUUCUCUUCACCAGGGCCCAACUUUCUCAACUUCGGCUAUGGCAAAACAGCAUGCCCUGGGCGCUUCUUUGCCAGCGUUGUAGUCAAGAUGGUCAUGGUAAAGGCUUUUACCGAAUACGAAUUCAAGUUCCUGCCCGGCACGGAACGACCAAAGAACAUUAUCGCGCACGAGUUCCUCUUUACCUGGCCUUGGACCAAAAUGCUGGUCCGGCGCAAAGCCAAGGGAUCCUGCCCGUUCUGA